CUAUGUUCGGCUGAGGAAGUAGUCCCGGUCAGUUGGGGGGGUUAUCUUUCGCCAGAGCUCGGCUGGUGGGCGCAUUGGUCCCUGCAACGUUCACCCGGUAGGAUUUCUCAGAUACCGAUCCAAUCAUGUCUAAAGGAAAGGAUAUGGGCUCUGCCUUCAUCCAGACGCAGCAGCUCCACGCUGCCAUGGCCGACACAUUCCUGGAGCACAUGUGUCUUCUGGACAUCGACUCCGAGCCAGCCGUGGCUCGCAACACCGGAAUCAUCUGCACCAUCGGACCCGCCUCCCGAUCAGUGUCCAUGGCCAAGGAGAUGAUCAAAUCUGGGAUGAACAUUGCAAGAAUGAACUUCUCUCACGGAACUCAUGAGUAUCAUGCUGAGACCAUCAAGAAUGUCCGUGAAGCCACCGAGAGCUUCGGUUCCGGCACCAUCGAGUACAGACCAGUGGCCAUCGCUCUGGACACCAAGGGACCCGAAAUCAGGACUGGACUCAUCAAGGGCAGUGGCGAAGCUGAGGUCGAGCUGAAGAAGGGAGGUCACAUCAAGCUGACCUUGGACGACAAGUACAAGGACAACUGUGACGAGAAGCACCUGUGGUUGGACUACAAGAACAUCACCAAGAUCCUGAAGGUCGGAGCUCACGUCUACAUCGACGACGGCCUCAUGUCCCUGAAGGUCAAGGAAGUCGGCGCUGACUUCCUGGACUGUGAGAUUGAAAAUGGUGGUACUCUGGGCUCUAAGAAGGGUGUGAACUUGCCCGGUGCUGCUGUGGACCUGCCCGCUGUCUCUGAGAAGGACAUCCAGGAUCUGCAGUUCGGUGUGGAACAGGGAGUGGACAUGGUCUUCGCCUCCUUUAUCCGUAAGGCAGCUGAUGUACACGCCGUCAGGAAGGUGCUGGGAGAGAAGGGCAAACACAUCAAGAUCAUCUCCAAACUGGAGAACCACGAGGGCGUCCGCAGAUUCGAUGAGAUCCUGGAGGCUAGCGAUGGCAUCAUGGUUGCCCGCGGCGACCUGGGUAUUGAGAUCCCCACAGAGAAGGUGUUCAUCGCCCAGAAGAUGAUGACCGGACGCUGCAACAGGAUCGGCAAGCCCAUCACCUGCGCCACACAGAUGCUGGAGAGCAUGAUCAAGAAGCCCCGCCCUACUCGUGCUGAGGGUUCCGAUGUCGCCAACGCCGUUCUGGAUGGUAACGACUGCAUCAUGCUGAGUGGUGAGACCGCCAAGGGAGAUUACCCACUUGAGGCUGUCCGCACACAGCACAAGAUUGCUCGUGAGGCAGAGGCCGCCAUGUACCACAGGCAGAUGUUUGAGGAAAUCCGUCGUACCUCCCACCUGACCCGUGACCCCACUGAGUCCGUUGCCAUUGGCGCCGUCGAGGCUUCCUUCAAGUGCUGUGCCAGUGCCAUCAUCGUGCUCACCAAGACUGGCAGGUCCGCCCAUCUGCUGUCCAGGUACAGGCCCCGUGCCCCCAUCAUCGCUGUGACCCGCUGCGGCCAGACUGCCCGUCAGGCCCAUCUGUACCGCGGUAUCUACCCAGUGCUGUACACCAAGCCUGCCAACGAUGUCUGGGCCGAGGAUGUCGACCUCCGCGUCAACUUCGCCUUGGAGAUGGGCAAACACCGUCACUUCUUCAAGUCUGGAGAUGUCAUCAUUGUCGUGACCGGAUGGCGUCCAGGCCCUGGUUACACCAACACCAUGCGUGUUGUGCUUGUUCCUUGAACAAACUCCAAAGGACAUUACUCCUCCCCCCUUUACCCAUCUCCUGUUCCUAUAACUCCUCCCCCCUUUACCCAUCUCCUGUUCCUAUAACUCCUCCCCCUUUACCCAUCUCCUGUUCCUAUAACCCCUCCCCCUUUACCCAUCUCCUGUUCCUAUAACCCCUCCCCCCUUUGCCCAUCUCCUGUUCC